AUGAGCUCCUCGCGGACGCCAACGCCGCAGCUGUCUGUCCGGACAAAGUCUCUAGUCGCUGGCUCAGUGUCGGGCAUGGCGAGCGUCGUGGUCUGCCAUCCACUGGACACCAUUCGUACGCGACUGCAGCUGUCCUCCCGUCGCUUCCACGGCUUUUACCACUGCGUGAAGCAAACGGUGCAGCAAGAAUCCAUGCGCGGUCUCUACAAGGGCUUCCUGCCUCCGUUCUGGAGCCAGGGCAUCUACAAAGCGGUCAUCUUCACGACGUCUUCUACGCUGCGCCAGGACGUGCUGCCUCAGGUGGCCAUCCUGCAGCCAGUGCUCACGCCGACACUCACGUCGUUGGUCGCAGGUGCCGUGGCUGGAGGUGUCAAUGCUUUUCUCGUGACGCCCGUGGAGCUCGUGCGCAAUCGACUGCAAGUGCAGUACGACACCCAAGUCGAGUCGCGAAGGUACAGGGGCACGGGUCACUGCAUCAGGCAAGUCGUGCGGAGUGAGGGGCUCACGGCUUUGUGGAAAGGGCUGUCGACAACGGUCGUUCGCGACUCGCUAGGCGUGGCGUGCUACUUUCUCGGCUACGACCUUGUCAAGCACCGCAUGAGUGCAAAUGGUACAGCUGGAGAGACAGCUACGCUCUUGACUGCUGGGGCUUUCGGUGGCAUCAGCUUCUGGGCAGUGGCAUUGCCGUUCGACACGAUCAAGUCCCUCAUUCAGGCGGACGGAAGAGCGGGCAAGUAUACUGGCCUAAUGUCCAGUGCAGCACGCUUGGUGCGCGAAGAAGGCGUGAUGCAGCUCUUUCGGGGAUGGCAGGCUGCCUUUUUGCGUGGAAUUCCGAGCGCUGCAAUGACUUUCUGGACGUUUGAUCGAGCGAACAGAAUCCUCGAUGACAUGUAA